AAUUUCCCACAACAAGAGAACCUAGCAUCUUGACUUGAGCCCGGAUGGAGUUGGGCGCGCACCACGCGGUCUUCCGUACGGACGCGUCGGGCCGUUGCUAGACAACGGGCGCCGGCAGUGGUGGCGUCAGUCAUGGCGGCCCGGUUCCGGCUCGGCGCGAGGGCCGCAGAUGGGCUCCGGCGGCGCCUCUGGUCCUCGCAAGCCCGGGACCCCUCGGGGCCGCCGCCGCCGUCCGAGGUGGUGGACGUGGCGGCGCUGCUGAAGGACGCCACGGUGGGCGCGGGUCCGAGGCCUGGAGCUCGGUCUCGGCCGGGUCCCAAGACCACCUCGGUGCUGCUCUUCCCGGGCCAGGGUAGCCAGGCGGUCGGCAUGGGGCGCGCGCUUCUACGCUACCCGGGCGCGCGCGCGCUCUACGAAGCCGCCGGGCGCGUGCUGGGCUACGACCUGCUGGAACUGAGCUUGCGCGGGCCGCGCGAGGAGCUGGAGCGCACAGUGCACUGUCAGCCCGCGCUCUACGUGGUCUCGCUCGCCGCCCUCGAGGCGCUUCGGCACCGUCAGCCCGAGGUUAUUGAGACUUGUGUUGCUGCAGCCGGAUUCAGCGUGGGAGAGUUUGCAGCCCUUGUGUUUGCUGGUGCCUUAGAAUUUGAAGAAGGGUUGCACGCAGUCAAGGUCCGCGCCGAGGCCAUGCAGGAAGCGUCGGCAGCCGUGCCCAGUGGGAUGCUCUCGGUGCUUGGGAGCGCCAGGUCCCAGUACAAGGCGGCGUGCUUGGAUGCGCGGGAGCACUGCCAAGCCCUCGGCAUCAAGGAGCCCGUGUGUGAGGUGGCCAACUACCUGUUUCCUGACUGCAGAGUGAUUUCUGGGCACCUCCAGGCCCUGCAGUUCCUACAGAAGAAUUCUUCCAGGUACCACUUCCGGAGGACCAGAAUGCUGCCGGUCAGUGGGGGGUUCCACACGCGCCUCAUGGAGCCCGCUCUAGAGCCAUUGGCCCAGGUCUUAAAGAAGAUGGACUUGAAGAAGCCUUUGGUUUCCGUCCAUUCCAAUGUGGACGGCAAUAAGUACAUGCAUGCCAAGCACAUCCAGCAGCUGCUGGUGAAGCAGGUCGUGUCCCCCGUGAAGUGGGAGCAGACUAUGCACGCCAUUUACGAGCGGAGGAAGGGGACGGACUUCCCGCAGACGUUUGAAGUGGGGCCCGGGAAGCAGCUGGGGACCAUCCUAAAGAGUUGUAACCUCAAGGCCUGGAAGACCUACAGCCACGUGGAUGUGAUGCAGGAGGAGGAGGGGGAGGAGACCUCAGACGUCUAGCCGAGGCCACUCUGUCACCGGCGGGUUUGGGGGUCCAGGGCCAGGCCGCUGGCACUUCAAUAGGGCUGGGGCCUCCCCAGCCGCGUAUCAGAGGGAGCUCCCUGCCCUCCCAGGGCCGCUCUCAAUAUUCUGGGCAGCCCCACAGGCAGGUAAAAAUAGAAGGUGCAUUCUGAGCACUGUCAGAUCCUGUCUUCUCGGCUGCCUGUCUCGUUUCAAGCGUCCUUUGGAAAGAUUUGGUGUCUGGAGGAGAGAGUCAACCGGGAUUCUGACCCCAGCAUUAGGUGUGGGUCCCAGACGGUCGUCUCCCAAGGCAGUGACACAAACGUGAGAUGAGAGUCCCUGCAGCCUCCCCAGAGGUGCUUGGCCGAUCCCCAAAUCCCCUAUGCCCCAGCCUGGCCUCUGCCGCCUCCGAGGCAGCCCUUGUGUUGUGGGAGGACACACCUGACCGCCAUUCUCCCGAAAUCUGCACCCCAUCACGCUGCUGUUUGAAAGCCCUCUGUGGCUCCCCAUUCAUUGCCGUCGUCGGGCCCUAGUCUCUCUCAGUGCAUUUUCAACAGCUUUGUGUGUGCCUGUCUUUAUUCUCAGCAGGGACUGCCUUUGCCUCUCUCUCUGUAUCCCCAGCACUUAGCCCAGUACACAGUAGGCGCUUAAUAAAUACUCAUCAGUUGA